AUGAAGCUCAACAUCGCCAACCCCGCUACUGGGGCCCAGAAGCUCGUCGACAUUGAGGACGAGCGCAAGGUCCGCAUCUUCUACGACAAGCAGAUGUCGCAGGAGGUUGCCGUUGACUCGCUUGGUGACGAGUGGAAGGGCUACGUCUUCCGCAUCACUGGCGGCAACGACAAGCAGGGUUUCCCCAUGAAGCAGGGUGUCCUCCUUAACCACCGCACCCGCCUCCUCCUCUCGGACGGCCACUCGUGCUACCGUCCCCGCCGCACCGGCGAGCGCAAGCGCAAGUCGGUUCGUGGCUGCAUCGUCGGCUCGGACAUCCAGGUCCUCUCGCUUGUCAUUGUCAAGCAGGGUGAGCAGGACAUCCCCGGCCUCACCGACGUUGUCCUCCCCAAGCGUCUUGCCCCCAAGCGUGCGUCCAAGAUCCGCCGCUUCUUCAACCUCUCCAAGGAGGACGACGUGCGCCAGUACGUUGUUCGCCGUGAGGUCACCACCAAGGCCGGCAAGACCUACACCAAGGCGCCCAAGAUCCAGCGCCUCGUCACCCCCCAGCGUCUCCAGCGCAAGCGUCACCUCCGCUCGCUCAAGAAGCGCCGCUCCGAGGCCCAGAAGGAGCAGAAGGCCGAGUACAACGUCGCCGUCGCCAAGUACGUCGCCGACAAGAAGGCGCACCACCAGGCCGUCAAGGCCGCCCACAAGGCCGCCAAGACUGCCUAA